GUGUGUUUGUGUGUGUCUCAACGUAGCACGAAAUGUGUCUCCUCGCAGCAAAGACGCACACAUUAACGGGAGACGUGCUAGUUAACGGUUUUUUGAUAUUUAAAGUUUUGUUUUUGUCGUCUUAAAGCUUUGUCGAUGUUAUACUCUGUAAAUUAAACAUUCCGCUUGUUAAACGCAAUAUUUAUUGGCCAGGAGCAGCCGACUUCGUUUCUCCUAAAGAGUGUCCGCUUCCCCUCCCCUCGAUGAAGCGCUGCGAUGCCCUCUGAUUUUAUAUCCCUCCUUAGCUCGGAUCUUGACCUCAAUUCUCCUAAAUCUCUAUAUUCAAAAGAGUCGGUAUAUGACCUCCUCCCCAAAGAGCUCCAGCUCCAGCCGUCGUCCACCCAGACAGACCCACCCACCAUGAGCCAACAAAGUGGGGGAGAGGCGGGACCUCCCCCCUCUGCAGCCGUGGCUUCAGAUGCCACCUAUUCCACCUCGAGCCCCUUGGCCUCCUCCUCCCUGGCUAUGGGAGCCCCGUCCUCUGGCUCCUCUACCUCCUCCUCAGACCAUCUCAAGGCCCCCCAGCAUCUCCACUCCACUGGAGAAGAUGGAGCUGCAGAGAUUCAAGGUAUGGAGGGUGCUGUGUCGGCCCCCAGCAGAGGAGCAAACACUGCAGCAGGAGACAUAGGGUCAGCAGUGUUGUCAGGGCCAGGAGUCCAGCAGCCUCAGAACACCCCGUCCAAACGGAGGCCUGUGUUGAACAUAUCCCCCCCGCCCGAGGACCUCUUUGACGACAGCCAGAUGUCCUGCCAAGAGGAGCCUUCAGUGUCCGCUCCAACGGGUCCAGACUCGGAGCAUAGCAGCAGCAUGUGGGCCGACGACUCUGUCUCCAACUUCAGCUUGAUCAGCUCCGUCUCCUACAACGACAACACAGAGGUGCCGCGCAAGUCUAGGAAACGCACCCCCCGCCAGCGGCCUGGGCCCAAACCUGCCCAUCCAGAGGACAGCAUGGACGUGUUCGAUGCUGACAGCGCAAAGGCCCCUCACUUUGUCCUGUCCCAGCUGAGCACAGACAAAACCAGUCCCAGCUCUCUUGAGUCAGGAACUGCAGUGAAGGGUGGGUCACUGUCUACUCAGUACCCCCAGAGGAGUGAUGGGAAGGAGCUGAAGAUCCUGGUGCAGCCAGAGACCCAGCACAGAGCUCGCUAUCUGACCGAGGGCAGCAGAGGUUCUGUCAAAGACCGCACUCAGCAGGGAUUCCCCACUGUCAAGUUGGAAGGUGUGAAUGAACCAGUUGUGCUGCAGGUGUUUGUAGCAAAUGAUGCCGGCAGAGUGAAGCCUCACGGUUUCUACCAGGCAUGCAGAGUAACAGGGCGCAACACCACUGCCUGCAAGGAGGUGGACAUUGAAGGAACCACUGUUAUCGAGAUCCCGCUGGAGCCCAGCAGUGAUAUGACACUCGCGGUGGACCGUGUAGGAAUUUUGAAGUUGCGUAAUGCAGACGUGGAGGCCCGUAUCGGUUUGGCAGGGUCCAAGAAGAAGAGCACACGAGCCAGGCUGGCGUUCAGAGUCAACAUCCCCCAACCUGAUGGAUCCGUCCUUACUCUACAGGUCACCUCUUCACCCAUCCUCUGCACCCAACCAGCAGGAGUGCCAGAGAUCCUGAAGAAGAGUCUUCACAGCUGCUCAGCGAGAGGAGGAGAUGAAGUCUUUAUCAUCGGAAAGAACUUCCUCAAAGGAACCAAAGUUAUUUUUCAGGAGAAUAUUGCAGAUGAUAAUUCCUGGCAAGCUGAGGCUAAGAUUGACAUGGACCUUUUCCACCAGAACCAUUUGAUAGUGACAGUCCCUCCGUUCCAAAGCCAGUCAAUCACUUCUCCCGUUUCUGUGGGAAUCUACGUGAUGACCAAUGCUGGUAGAUCACAUGAGGCCCAGCCCUUCACCUACACUCCAGACUCAGCUGAUAACUCAGAAGCCCGGACAAUAAAAACAGAGGGACCCUCUCUAGUCAGCACGUGUAUAUUUGAUUGCCAGAUCAAAUCUAUAUCUCCUGAGCAAACUGACAGCUCUGUUCCUCCUUCCAAACGGCAAGAGGACACACCAAUGGAAGUGUCUAGCAAUCCAACUCCCACAGAUGUCUUUAAGCCAUCCCCUGACCCUCUUGUCGUGGUGCAGCAGACACUGGAGCUCAGCUCUAACCCUCAUCCAGGUGGAGAGUCCUUUCAGAGCCCAAUGCCCCUACAACCGGAAGACGUGGAGCUCUCCCAGGUGCCCCCUGUCUUUCCUAGCCUUGAGUCUCUCAGCACCAUACAGAAGCAAGACAUUACUCCCACAACCUCGUUCCCAGUGCAGGGCGAUACCACAAUCCCCCCUGUAACACCAGAAGUCCCUCAGCAAUUUCUCAGAGAUCCUCAAGACAGCGUACCUCCUGAGAGUUCCAAUAGUAGCGGAGGGGUUGUAGUCUUGGCCUUGUCCCAGAUAGCGACUCCCUCUCAGCCCCAGCAGUCACAGGUACCCCUAUUCCCCCAGGAUGGGGUGACCCAGCUGGAGAGGGCAGUAAGGGAGCUACAGGCGGGAGGAAACACCACCUUCCAGCAAGUGUUGGAGGCGGCUGUAGCCCAGCAGCAGCUCAACUCUGUGCUGUACAGCCCCACCCCCUCUGCAGACACCCUCCAGCAGCACGUCCAGGAGAACAUGAACAGCCUUAGAUUGGGAAACACAGAUAAUACACUAUCACCACAGCAACAGCUACAAAUACAACAGCAACAGCAGAUGCAACAACAACAACAGCAGAUGCAACAGCAGCAGCAGAUGCAACAGCAGAUGCAACAGCAACAACAGAUGCAACAACAACAACAACAGAUACAACAGCAACAACAGAUACAACAGCAGAUGCAAAUACAGCAACAGUUUCAACAGCAUCCACACCUGCAGCAACAUCAAAUCAUUGGUAACCUUCAGCAGCAAGGUCUUAGUAACAUGCAGAUCCAACAACAACAACAACAACAACAACUUAUAUUACAGCCACAAGACCAGCAGCAACUGCAGCAGCAGCAAAUUAUAGAGAAUAUUCAGCAGCAACAACAUCUGCAGCAGAAUCAGCAACAGCAAGUCCUCAACAGCAUCCAACUUCAGGAUCAGCAACAACAAAAUCAAAUACUUACCAAUUUACAGCAACAUCAGCUACAGCAGCAGCAACAACAACAACAGCAGCAGCAGCAAAAUCAAGCAUUGAGCAACUUGCAACAACAACUGCAGGAGCAGCAGGUGUUGGAGAAUUUACAGCAGCACCUUCAGGCAGAGUUGCUUCAGCCCCAAAUCCACUCCGCUCCCCAGGUCCAGCAGCCAGUGUCCCUGCUUCAACAGACUGGAGAGCUGCUCACCAUUCAGACCAGCUUCCCAACACAGCCCCCCUCCCACACAUCUCCCCCACAGCAGCUCUUUCAAUCGCCGCGGCCCCUCGCUGAGACCCAGAGCUCCCAACAGCAGGUCCAGGCUGCCCUGCUCCAGAACACACUGACAGUUCUGACCAGUGGCAGUCUCAGCUCAGAGCAGCAGCCUACAGGGUCAACUUUGUACCUGUCUCCAAACCCUCAGCCCCAACAACAGCAACCACAGCUGACAUUCAUCUCCUCCAUGGAGACCUCCAACAGCCAGCCCCAGUCUGUUGCAAUGUUUCAGAACCAACCCCAAGCUCAGCUUUCCCAGAUGCAGCAGCAGAGCACCCCAAUGGAGCAGCAGCAGUCUCCACAGCAGAACCAACAACAGCAACCGCAGCUUCCAAUGGGCCAGCAGGGCUCCCUGUUCCAGAGUAUCCAGAACCACUCCCAGCCUAACACCGUCCCUCAGAGCCAGCUGUCCCAACCCGAGCAGACCGGUCUCUUGCUCUGCACCACAGAUCUUAGCCCCCAGGCUAUUCCCCCAACUAUUCUCUUCAGCACCCAGACACAAGGCCCUUCCCAGAUGGGGAGCAUUAGCGUUGGAAUCCAGCUGCCUGACCCAGCAGAGCCCAUGUCCUUCCAGGACCAGAGCUCCUCAGGCGGAGGAAACGUGUCCUCCGCUGAGAACCGGCAGCAAAGCCUGUUCCAGGAACAGCAGCCAAUGCAAGUGGGACUAAGUUCCAGCAGCCCGCAGAGCAGUCAGCCUGUGGAGCUGUUCCUGCCUCAGACCUCUCUGUCCAGCCUGCAGAGCUCUAUUGGCUCACAGGAGCUGAACAACCAGGCUCCAUCCCCUGGCACAACCAUCUUUGUGGUCCAGGGCAGUGUGGGGGUGGUAGCCAACCCUGGCCAGCAGCCCCCGGAGCAGCUUUUCCAGACAACAGUGGGUGGAAACGUGGCUCCACAAGGACAGGCCAAUCUGUUUGUGUUUGGCAUCCAGAAUGACUCGCCCCAGCUGCUCAGUUCCUCCGGACCCACCCUCGCUGCUCAGGGCCCGCCUCAGAGCUCCAGUCACAUGCAGCCUCUGUUGGACCAGCCAAUGGGACAAGCUGCCUCCACCAUGCCACCUAACAUGCAUAGCAGCUUACAGAGCACCCUUCAGGCCCAAAUGCAGUCAAGCUUAGAGAGCGCCAUGCAGACAAACACACAAACAACUCUGCAGUCCAGUUUACAGGCAACCAUAGAGACAAGCCUGCCGACUCCAAUGCAGACCAAUCUACAGACACAGAGUAGCUUACAGAAUCAAUUGCAGGCUUCAAUAUCUGCAUCGUCCAACAUGGAUAAAUUUGAGGACAUACUGGAAAGCCUACAAAAGCAGUGAAAAGUGUUUGGACCAUGUUAGCACCACUAAGGAGAGUGAGUGAAAUGUAGCCUAGAGUUAAACAUCCCUACAUUGACCAGAGUGCGUGGUCUAUGGUGUUUUGUGCAAAUGCCACAAAAUGUAGAAAACAAUUAGAUAUUUAAUAAUUAAAUGCCCCUUUACCUAAAACCUCAAUUAUACGCUCUUGCAAUUGUUUUUAUUGAAUAUUUAUAAUUAUUAGAGCCUUCAUACAUCCAUCGUCCUUGAAUCGAAGAAUCUGCCUUUGUUAUUACUCCUCUUGCAGGAUCAGAGAGGCCUGUAAUAACUGCUUUAUCCAUCAGUCUCAGAAAUGCAGUGUUUUGUUGUUAGUGUUUUUAGUAAUAUGAGUCUAUGAGAUGAUGAUAAAAACACCUACCAGGUUUGGUGGAGAAACUGGAAAGGGAUAAAGAAUGUCAGCAACAGGGAAACGGGAAUAGUAUUGUCAGAGUAGGCGGAGCAGAUUAAAACAGCCAGCGAUGAAGUGAAUAUCAGAUUGUGUCAGAUAUAAACUGAAUCUCAUUUUGUGAGUGUAAAAACUUCAAGCCCAAUAUGAGGGGAAGAGAUGUGUUUUUGUCUGUUCAUCAUGUGAAUAUCAUUUACCUGGCAUAACAACAGGGAUGAAAUAUUGUCGCCACUCAAUUUAAUCUAAUGACAUGGAUCAUGUAGGAUAUUUUGCAGUUAAUUAGAUCCUGGUUUUGCACAUGUCAUCAAUUUGACUACUCUAAGAGUAGAGACUAACAAAUUAAGUACAUUUGUAGAAUGUUUGCCUCCAUAAUAUGUGCUGCACAUGAGCAGACUCUAGUAGAAGAGAGUUUGAGCAUUGAUCGACUCCACAAAAAAUAACUAACUCACCAAAAUGGUGAUCAGUCAAUACAUUCUGGUAUUGUAGGGGGUUCCCCCAUGUGCAAAAAAUAAGAGUGACUAUCAAACACUCUCAAAUGAGAUUCAACCUUGUGAUAACUGACUUGUCUUUUGGUUCUGGCACCUCCCAGUGUUUUCAUAGGUCAAAGCGUCAAUACUGGGCUUGCAGAAGCUUUUUGGUCAAAUUUUAAGAAGCAUUCAACUAUGUAGUGUGUAUAUUUUUUUUGUUUUGAAAAAUUGGUAUCUUUUACCAAUUUAAUGUGGAUAGAAAGAAACGUUCCACUUGUGAAAAUGGAGUGUUGUGUGGUUUUAUAAACAUUUUAUCUCAAGCACUUUAUAACCUCUAGAUAAUCCUUAUAUUCGUCCACAGCUCUCUACUGACCCAGCUGAAUUUGUACUCGGAACUAUCCAGUUAAAAAAACGAAAAAAGUAACACAGCAGUUGUCUUUGUAAAGGUAAAUACAUCUUAAUCAAGCAUUUUUACAUUAUUUUUUAGGUCUAUGACAACUUUGUAUAGGAUGUCUACUCACUGUUGAAUUCCUCUUUGUAUUCAGUCUCAGUGGUCCAGUCUAAACAAACAGCCAUUCCCACAAAAGCAUUGUCAAUUUUCAGUGUUGGAGUGGUAAGUAGGCCUUUGUGUUUUACACUGACACAACACCCUAAAAUACUGAUUUGUUUUAGUUAGUCCAUGAAAUUAAGGAGUUUUCAUCGUAUUGUUAUUUGUACUAUUUACUGUCCAAUCUGUCACUUGAGACUGUUUUACCUUGUGUUGUGUUAGAUAUUUAAGUUUUCGUCUCAGUGUUGGUACCGUGUGAAGUUGGCAUCCAGUGCCCGUCCCAUGUGUUGUGAACGGGCUCACUGGUAAAUGAAAUCUCUGUUACAUAGAGGCCGCCAUUUUGAUCUAUGGUGCUAUGUGCAGGAAUGGUGGGCACUUCUGAUGUGAUGUUAGUACAUAACAGUUUAUACUUAUCUCUAUAGCACUGACAAUAAUUGUUAGUUUUGAAGCGGCGUUGAGUCUAGAGCUGGCUGUUGUUGUGGGGUCAGACUGGAGCGCACCCAGGCAUACCAAAGCUCCUGUUGUGAAUCAUCUUGUCUCAUUCAUGUCCUUGCAAAUGCUAUCAUGUUUACUCAUUCGUACUUACUCAUUUAAGUUAUGUAGCUCUUCCAUGGAUAGUAAUUCAGCAUGUUUUUGAGUGCAAGAUUUAUAAAAGAUACGUAAAGGUACUUUGUGUCAUGGAUCAGUUUUCCUCUAAACAUUUCCACCAAUUUGAUACAUUACUCUAUUUUUUGAUGCAAAAUAUAACGGCUGUACUUUCCAUAUCUAUAAAAGUGGCCAAUUUUGGCAUUAUCAAAAAGACAAUUUUUGAGAAUAAUUCAAAUGUUAGAAUAGUGUUGCUCACAUAUGCAUUUGUUUACAUUUUCAUAGUCAUACUAUUUUUUUCCUGCAGUUGUUAGUGAUCCAUUUUAAAGUAACUUAUCUUUUUUAGAAUUUUGUAUCCAUGUAUCAAAAAUGCAGAGUAUUUUUGUAAAACUAAACUUUUUGGUUUAUGCUCAUAGCACAGAAUAUAUCAUUGCUGGUAUGUUUUCCUGAAAUGAAGCGCAGGUUUAUUGUGAAGUGUGUGACUGAUAUUAGUAAUGUAAUUAAGUGGACAUCAAGCAAAUAUGUUGGAACUUAAUUCUACUGUUUAUAAAAAUGACUUUACCCAACCUGUAUAACAUAAUACAUGGGCUAGGUUUUUCUUGUGUGUGUUUGUUUUUUAUGUCAUGCAUCUCAAAUGGCACUUUGACUCAUCCAUUAACUGUAGAUCAGGUUAGAGCGCAGUAGUGAUGUUUCCAAGCAUUCCAGUCCUCUUGGGGAGUUUAAGAGCACAUGAUGUUGCGGAAGAAGUGCGGAAAAGUAAUGCCUCUUAAAGCCAUACCAACACAGAAAGCCAACCUGUGACUUCAGUUUCAUGAAUGUACAUUUUACCUCAUGGUGUGGACAUAGAGCUUGCUCUACAUCUAACAUCGGACCAAUUACAGUUUUAAAGAACAUAUAUUUUGAGGCAGAGGGUGGGGGUGGCACCAACUGUCAUUUGUAUCACUGUACAUUUUGUCAGAUUGUUUCGUCUUGGAUUGUGGUGUAAUUUCAUGUUUUUUCACGUCCAGUUUCAUUUUGAGCAAUCCAGGAUGCUCAGUCUGACUCUUCGAAUAGCCACUUCCACCUGAAAAAAAACCAUGUGAAACAUUAAUUUAAAAGGUGGUGAAGAUAGCACACAAAUCUUUACAAAAUAUCAGUUUUGUCCUUCAGUCAUGUAAUGAAUAUCCAUGUAUAUUUAAAUGUGAAAUAUACUGCAGGGGUAUCUUGAAUUUCAAUUGUGAUGCUUUCAACAGAACUUUGUGUGCCUUGAUAACUUAACUGUUACUCUGCUGUGUUUACUGGUGUCCCUUUUGUGUCAUAGCUAUUUGGCUCCUUGUCCUUUUUAUUCUCUAGGACUGUUGAACAUCAAGACACCUUUUUGUGAUUGAAUCUUUAUUUCUAAACACAAGCAUUACCAUAGCCCAUACAGAUAUAUUUUAUUUGUACAACAUCGUGCAGCUUCACCAGUGAAGUGUCAACUUGUUUGUUACUUUCUGUUGAAAAUGUUUUUCAUGCCUCAUGAGAUUUGUACAUGUGAGGUAAAAGGGACGAGACCGUGGAGAUUGUUUUAUGGAGAGCUAUCUUGUGUUGAUGUGCUUGUCAACAUUACUAUUGUUGCUGUGAACUGCUUGAUCAAAAGGAGCAACCAUGAUAAAUUAACUGUUAAUUGUCAAUAGUGUGAGCUGUGUCUUGUGUGUACUCGGUUAGCUCACUUUUCCUAGUUCGCUUUCUAUUUCACAUUCUCCAACAGUUUUGUUGUAUCCGUUCUGUGUAGCUUGAGCUUUAGUAUCUAGCCUUAAGACCCCGCAGUCGGGAUGAAGGUCAACCCCAGUGUGUUAUCAUACAUCUGAACUAUUAUUAACAUGUACUUUGCCUUGGUCUGGACAUUUGUAUACUCUUCUGUUUAUAUCUGUAAUCCUGCUGCUACAUUAAAUGAAUUAAUAAAAAUUAAAACGUA